CUGCGGCCUGGCCAAAUGGUAGCAUCCGAGGUUGCGGGUUUCGCGCCUGCGCAGUGCGGCGCCUAGGGGGAACGUGAGAGGGAGACGGACGUUGAGAGAACGAGGAGGAAGGAGAGAAAAUGGCGUCCACGGAUUACAGUACCUAUAGCCAAGCUGCAGCCCAGCAGGGCUACAGUGCUUACACCGCCCAGCCAACUCAAGGAUAUGCACAGACCACCCAGGCAUAUGGGCAACAAAGCUAUGGAACUUAUGGACAGCCUACUGAUGUCAGCUAUACCCAGGCUCAGACCACUGCCACCUACGGGCAGACUGCAUAUGCAACUUCUUACGGACAGCCUCCCACUGGUUAUACCACUCCAACUGCCCCGCAGGCAUACAGCCAGCCUGUCCAAGGAUAUGGCACUGGUGCUUAUGACACCACCACUGCUACAGUCACCACAACGCAGGCCUCUUACGCAGCUCAGUCUGCAUAUGGCACCCAGCCUGCCUACCCAGCUUAUGGCCAGCAGCCAGCAGCCACCGCACCUACAAGACCACAGGAUGGUAACAAGCCGGCUGAGACUAGUCAACCUCAAUCUAGCACAGGGGGUUAUAACCAACCCAGCCUAGGAUAUGGACAGAGUAACUACAGUUAUCCCCAGGUACCUGGGAGCUACCCAAUGCAGCCAGUCACCGCACCUCCAUCUUAUCCUCCGACCAGCUACUCCUCUUCACAGCCGACUAGUUACGAUCAGAGCAGUUACUCUCAGCAGAACACCUAUGGGCAGCCGAGCAGCUAUGGACAGCAGAGUAGCUAUGGUCAACAAAGCAGCUAUGGGCAGCAGCCUCCCACUAGUUACCCCCCUCAGACUGGAUCCUACAGCCAGGCUCCAAGUCAAUAUAGCCAACAGAGCAGCAGCUACGGGCAGCAGAGUUCAUUCCGACAGGACCACCCCAGUAGCAUGGGUGUUUAUGGGCAGGAGUCUGGAGGAUUUUCCGGACCAGGAGAGAACCGGAGCUUGAGUGGCCCUGAUAACCGGGGCAGGGGAAGAGGGGGAUUUGAUCGUGGAGGCAUGAGCAGAGGUGGGCGGGGAGGAGGACGCGGUGGAAUGGGGUUACAAAGUGAGAGCCUUGUAUACACUUCAAUACUUAAAAAGUACCCGUACUCAGUACUCAGCCGGCAGCAUAAUGAAAAGUGGGACUAGACACGGUGUCCAUAUGGAGAGGAAAAAUAUACAUAGAAUAUUUUAAACAAAAUGUAUUCAUUGUAUAAAUGGAAUCCUUCUGUAACUUUGGUAACUGCAUACUUGUUGUUUGGUAAUGAACCAGAGGAGGUAUAAUACUCUAGAAUUGUGUAACAUUAAAGUGUAAACUUUGUGUUUAAAGAGA